AUGGUGAAAGCAAAGUCCAAGAAUGAAUAUACACUAGAUUCAGCGAGAGCAUCUUUGGUUAGACAAGAAGACACCAUCAUAUUUGGUUUGAUUGAGAGAGCAAGGUUCCCAAUAAAUUCUCCCACCUACCAUCAAAAUUACACUUCCAUUCCCCACUUUAAUGCCUCAUUGCUUGACUUCCUUGUUCAGAAUAAUGAGGCCAUUCAAGCUAAGGCAGGUAGAUACAUUAAUCCUGAAGAAAAUCCUUUCUUCCCAGAUAAUUUACCACCCUCGAUGGUGCCACAUUAUAACUUCUCACAGUUUUUGCAGCCUGUAGGAGCUUUGAUUAACAUAAACAAGUCUAUUUGGAAAAUGUAUUUUGAUGAGCUGCUUCCAAUGUUUGUAGCUUCCAGUGAUGAUGGCAACUAUGCACAAACUGCAGCUAGUGAUCUUGCAUUAUUGCAGGCCAUCUCUAGAAGAAUUCAUUACGGAAAGUUUGUAGCUGAGGCGAAAUUCAGGGCAUCUCCUAAAGAUUAUGAGCCUUUAAUUCGUGCUCGGGAUAGAAAGGCAUUGACGAAAUUGUUGACAUCUGAAAGCGUUGAAAAGAUGGUGGUGAAGAGGGUUGAGAAGAAGGCCAUGGUGUUUGGUCAAGAAGUGAGUCUUGAUCGUGAUGUAGAGAGUAACAAAUACAAGGUUGAUCCAUCAGUAGCUUCUGGCUUGUACCAGAAAUGGAUAAUACCCCUCACUAAAAAUGUUGAAGUCGAGUACUUACUACGUCGCCUCCAUUGA